GAGAGAGAGAGAGAUCCAGUUUUCUUCAGAUUUAAAAUGUUCCACCUCCUUUCAUUCACUGGGAAACACACAGCUGAUUGAGAAACACACUCUUGCCACUGGUCUGAGGAUACAGGGAUCUUCUGCACUUUAAUCUUAGUUUUUUCUUUCUUUCUUUCACUCCCCUGCUGCAGCAUGAGCGCUGAAUGCAGCAGUUACUACAGCACAGACGGUGUGUUUGUGGACGGAUUCUCCUGCCCCAGACCGGGAAACGCUGUUACUGCUGUCUUCUGCUGCGGAUUCAAUGACGCAAAGUAUUGCUGUGAUGAUCCCAACAGUUUUUUCCCGUAUGAGUACGGAUACAUGUGGUGGCUGAGUAUUGGAGCUCUGGUUGGUCUGUCCAUUGCAGCGGUGGUCCUCCUUGCCUUUCUCAUCACCGUAUGUGUCCUCUGCUACCUCUUCAUCGCCACCAAACCCAGUCGUCUUGACAACGGCCUACCCCUCAGAGCACCAGGAGAUCCCAGUGAGGGAUCCAGUCAUGCAAGAACAAUCUGUGCUUCUGGUCCACAGGGAUUCAGAAAACACUUCAUGAGCAGGAAGCUGGACUGUGAUAACCAGCUGCCAGACCCCGAGCUCCUGUUCCAGAGGUGCUUCACAGCCACCAUCACUGGUGUUAAAGUGGAAAAUCCCUCGUAGACCACUGAGAGACAAAAAAAUGGGACCAGCAGUCCCAAGGUCAAGAGAGCCAGUGGCUCUGGAGGCAGACUUCGCUGCCAGGGGGCCACUAUGACACUGGGAGGAACAGUAGCUGACAUAAUGUGGUGUGCAGGGGAGUCGUGAUUGUUGAGUGGAGUAAAUAAUAAGUAAUGUUAAAUUUAGCAAGCGCCCACAAUAAAGGCUCUGAAAAGCCUUUAUGAAUUUCUUUAUUCACUAAAUUUCUCUCCUCCUGUAAUUGCGAGCAUAUGGAAACUGAAUGGUUUUAAUUGGCCUCAAGAAAGACAUUAAGAAUUGUUCGGUCAUUAAGGGCAGCUAGGGAUGUGUGUUGGGGCCCAUUUUACAUCCAGGAUGUACAUUUUGAUGUUCAUCUAGGAAAGAUGCUGAAGAUGUGGCUUAUAGCAGGAAAAAGAGCCUGACAUACCAAGUCAACAGUUAAGUCUGGACAGCAAGGCUGUAAAGUCAGGGUGCACCCUUGUGAAGUAUGGUGCUGUAGAUUUGUAGCCACAUCUGCUACAUUUUACUCAGGGACUGAAGGAUUUGUGGGGAGGAUCUACAGCGGGAUGAGACUGUCCUCACCAGGAAAAUUACAGUGUUGGUUGUUCAUUCAAAUGCAUAAAAUGACCUUUGUUUACGUUUUCAUGUCAAUUUUAUUUAUAUAGCCAGGUCCCCUUCCACGGAGGUCACCAUGUUGCGCCGCCAUGUUUCUACAGUAGCCCAGAAUGGACAAACAAUCACUGGCUCUAGAUUGGGCCGUUCGUGUUUUUCCGUAGUUUACUGUAGUUUCUCCUACACGCUUGGAAGGGGAGGGUGAGGCGAGCGGUAUUCAUGGUUGCAAACUGCAAUUCCACCACUAGAUGGCUUUAAAUCCUACACACUGCUCCUUUUAAAUCUUAGUUAAAUCGGCAAUACCAAAGUUAUAGCACAGGAGGCUGGGUGAAUGUUAUAAUUGCUCGUUUUACACCUGCAUUAAUAAGAUGGUACUAGUCAGCUGAUAGCCACACAAGUAUGAAUAAGCCAGUGAUUGUGAAGCAUGAAUGGAACAGUUGAUACCAAUCAACUAAUGCAAUUGCGACUUCAGUGCUCUGCCUGAACUAAGGGCGCUAUGCAUCAAUAGUUUUAGUAUUUAAACUAACCAAAUCUUAGGCUGUGUUCAGACCGACUUUAGCUCUGCAUUAAAAAUUAAAAAACGCUGCCAGCUCAUUCAUUUGAAUGAGUCCAGUGUGGUGAUGCAGUGGGAGUGCCAAUGCAGGGG